ACAAAAACAGACACACUGAUCCGUGGAAUCAAAUUAAAGACCCAGACAUAAAUCCACACACCUGUGGACACUCGUUUUUCUAUUUCAAAAGAGGGGCGGCGGGCUGCGCCGUGCAUGCGUCUUCCUUUCCAACCUUUGCCUUGGACCUUGCAUUCCGUGGCGAUGUUGAUGCCCAAGAAGAAUCAGAUUGCCAUCUAUGAACUCCUUUUUAAGGAAGGAGUGAUGGAUGCCCAAAAAGAUAUUCAUGUGCCCAAACACCCCGAGCUGGCAGACAAGAAUGUGCCCAACCUUCAUGUCACGAAGGCCAUGCAGUCUCUCAAGUCUCGAGGCUACGUGAAGGAGCAGUUUGCUUGGAGACAUUUCUACUGGUACCUCACGAAUGAGGGCAUCCAGUAUCUCCGAGAUUACCUGUACCUACCUCCGGAGAUCGUGCCUGCCACCCUGAGCCGCAGCCGUCCUGAGACUGGUAGGCCUCGGCCCAAAGGUGCAGAGGGUGAGCGGCCUGCAAGAUUCACAAGAGGGGAGACAGACACCUAUAGAGGAGAGCUGUGUCCCCCUGGAGCUGACAAGAAAGCUGAGGCUGGGGCUGGCUCAGCAACAGAAUUCCUGUUUAGAGAAGGCUUCGGCCAUAGAUGUGGUCAGCCACCUCAGUGAAGUUGGAGAUGAUGUCGUGUAAAAUAACUUUAAAGAAAAACAUGAAGCGGGGGGGUGCAGAAAGACACAUGGAGAAAAAAACACAGCACCUUCAACAAGCAGUGCUCAUCAAACUGGAUGUGCACAUGUAGAAGAAUGUAAAUAGAUCCACACUUAUCACCCUGCACGAAACUCAACUCCGAAUGAAUCAAAAAUCUCAACGUAAAACCAGCUCCACUGGACCGGAGAGAAGAGAAAGUGGGGAGUAGCUUUGAACUCAUUGACACAGGGAAAACCUUUUUGAACAGAACACCAACAGCACAGAGACUCUGACCAACAAUGAAGACAUGGGACCUCGUGACGCUGAGACGCUUCUGCACUGCAAAGCACACCGUCAUUCAGACAAAGCGUCAGCCUACAGAAUGGGAAGAGUCUCUUACCAACUAUGCAUCUGAUAGAGGACUAAUAUCCAAAAUAUAUUUUUAAAAAACACCCUAGGUGUCAAGGAA